AUGCCUGACAAGGUGCACCUCGCCACGCUGGCCAUCAACUUCCUCUUCCUCGGCACCGGCGCGCUCGAGCUCGGCUUCUGCCUCGUCGCGCGCGGCAUGUUGGCGUCCGACCAGGGACCCGACGACGGGCGCGAGGUCGUCCGGCACCUGCUGUACCGCCAGUUCCCGCUGAGCGCCGGCAUCGCCAACGCGAGCAUCGUGCUCGCCACGUUCGCACUGGCGCUCGUCGGGCUCGCCUCCAAGGGCCGCUCCGUGCUCAAGCUCACGGGCUACCUGACGGCGUUCUGUGCGAUCUUUACGCUCUGCCUCGGCGUGGUCCUCUGGGUCAUGACGCUGCGCGUCAAGGAGCAGUUCUUCCCGACGUACCUCGACCAGGAGACGUCCGUUCAGUCGGCGAUUCAGACUGCGUUCGGAUGCUGUGGCUACUUCAACGCCUCCACGCCGGCCUUCAUCACCGAUCCUACCUGUCCGAGCCCUGCCGCCGCCGCCCUGCUACGCGGCUGCGCGACCUCCAUCUCGAGCUUCGCCAACAUUGCCCUCGACGUCAUCUUUACCGCCCUCUUCGGCAUGGUUGGCGUCGACGCCAUCUUCAUCCUCUCCAUCGCUGCGCUCCUCAAGGUCCGCAAGGAGCGCGAGCGCUACCGCCACAUUGACGAAAAGGGCGGCUUCCAGCAAUUCUAG